GAUUAGCUGUUGGGCGACCUUAUAAGGAAAUGCCCGCCCUUUGCUUUGACAGCGCCGCGUUAUGGCUGCGGCCCUAAUGGAGAGAUUGGCAUUUCUUCAUAGAGUCCCCACCUUAAUGAAAGCCACCUCUGAUGAUGAGACUCCUUGUCCAGGGUACCUCUUUGAAGAAAUCGGCAAGCUUUCCCAGGAGUCAGUGGGGUCUAGCCAGUGUUUGCUGGAGUAUCUGUUAGAGCGUCUGCAGAGUGAAUCCUGCCAUGUGAAGUUGAAGGUGUUGAAGAUCCUCUUGCACCUCUGCUCUCAUGGCGCUCCUCACUUCCUGUCUGACCUUCGACGGAAUGCCACCUUUAUUCAGGAAGUGACGGUGUUCAGUGGUCCUCCAGAUCCAAUCCACGGCAGUGCCUUGUACCAGAGAGUGCGGUCAACAGCACAGGAACUGGCCAGUGCCUUGUUCUGUGACGCACUUUUACCUGUAUCGUCCCUUCCUACAUGCAGAGUAUCUUCACAAGCAGGGAUGGGCUCUUCCUCUGGACUCAACUCUGGAAUGCAGGGCUUUGGUUACAGUGCCGAGAUGAGCAAAGGCUCUGCGGGCGCUUCCUUCCUGAACAGGAUUCAGAAAGCAGCCGAAGUCGUGGCAGUUGCAGUCCUCCCUCCUCCUGAAGAACCCACCAUCAUUCAAUAUGACAACAGCUAUCAGCCGGUGAUGGCACCACCUAAUGUCCGGAAGGCCACAGCUCUUCCUGAAAAUGCUCCUCCGCCGUUUCACUUUGAGAAAGUUCACAGGUUACCAGGCCAGGCUGGUGGUGGCUGGGAGGAGAACGACAGUGGACACAGUUCCCAGAAUUCCUCUCAGGAGAAUGGGGACCUUGGCAGGGCAUCUUUGCAUGGAAGCAGCAAAUCCGGGACAGACAGCCAAUCGGCAGGCAGCAGGGAGAGCAGCGACCUUUCUGAAAGGGGAGAAGCCAUGCCUUUAAGUGACUGUGCCCAGGAAAUGCAGUUAGUCACCACAACGACCCGAGGCUCAAAGGUCUUCCUGACCCGGGAGGAGACGCAACUCUUUCUCAAAGAGUGUGCAAUCCUGAACUGCGAGGUGGUGGUAGACCUACUUAGCCAGAAGCUGCAGGACCCCACUGACAGUGUCAAAAUGAGGGCGCUGUCAGCUCUGGCCUGCCUGAUGUCAUCUGACCUUUUGUCCAUUGACCAGAUUUUUGGAAUCACUCGUCAGCAGUUGAAGCAGCUGAGUAAGGGCGUCACAGGCCCUGCCGGCCACAGAGCCACAAAACUCUUGAAGCAGUUUGAGGCACUCCUGGGUCAGGCUGCAAGUUUGAGGCCAGACUGCGAUGUCCACACGGCGCAGCAUUCAGACGGCUCCCCAAAAUUAAAAACAAGCGUGAGCCUCCAGCUCCCAAAGCACACCCCCUCUGGACCAUCGUGUCCUCUUUCUCGCUUGAACUCGAAACCAACUGACAGGCCUGCUGGCCCCAUCAACGAAACCGGGAACUCUGAGGUUCACCUUGGCCUCCACACGCAGAUGUCCCGGCCAACAACUGGCCGUGGUACACAUUUACACCCACAGCGGCCAGACCCGCUUGAAAAGGAGUUCAAAAUGGCCGAGGUGCCAUCUAGCGAGUGUUCUCUCUUCAGUGGCAUGGACAUUUUUACACAAGAAAAACCUUUGACUGCACCGUCCAUAGAGAUUGUGGGUGCUACACUGGAAACGGGUGAAAAUGACUGCAGCAAAGACUCGGGACUCAAAUCAGUAUUCUCCUUCCUUAAUCUUUAAAUAGACGCAUCCAUAAAACGCUUAUCUACUGUGUCACUUUUUUCAUGGUAUUUCGAUCUGCAUUUUAAGCAAUAAGCAGUAAUUAUGAGCACCUGACCUCUCAUAUCUCAAGCCCGUUCUUUGACUUCAGAUGAACAGUGGAGACGUCAAAUAAGCCUAAUGGACUACAUUUACCUUAGUACCAGGGUUUUUCCAGAAAAGUAUCUUCAACUGCAGACGCCUACAGCUGUUAAGGAAAAAAUGGCACUGAAGUUUAUGACCCAGAGGCCAAUGGCUCGAGUGCACUUAGGAGUCUCAGUUCUGACUUUGAGAACUUUUAAGAUCCCGACAGCCACUCCGCCUCACUGUAUGAUAGCCGUGGUCAGAAAUUAAGACCAACUGGUCUCGGCGACAGCCCACCAGAGGCGGUUCCGUUUCAGGCUUUUAUACUUUCACAUCAGUGAUGAACUGGGCCUGCUGUUUUUGCUGAGCCUGCUGUUUUUGCUUCAUGCCGUCUGUAAUUCAAAACCAUCACACAGUGUGGUUUUUGUGCAAGUUUUUAAUUAAGUUGUAAGCAUUAAAAUUUGCACAUCUUCUCCACCAUAUGAAUUCA